AUGGGAGCAAUCCUCUGCCACCAUCCCAGCCUGGAGUGCCUUGAGCUGGGCCACUGUAAGCCACAGUUCUCCCCUCCGUGCAGGAGUUCUUUUUCUCACCACUUUGUGUCUUUUGUUUUUUUCCCAGGCUUCCUGCUGUUUAAAGAUUUCUGUAUGAACGAGAUCGACGAGGCUGUGCCUCAGCUCAAGUUCUACGAAGAAAUCAAGGAGUACGAGAAGCUGGACUCUGAGGACGAGCGUCUGAGCCGCAGCCGGCAGAUUUAUGACGUCAACAUCAUGAAGGAGCUGCUGUCCUGUUCACAUCCAUUUUCCAAGAAGGCAGUGGACCAUGUGCAGAGUCAUCUGGCAAAGAAAAUGGUCCCCCCAACUCUCUUCCAGCCAUACAUAGUGGAGAUCUGUGACAGCUUGAGAGGGAACAUCUUCCAGAAGUUCAUUGAAAGUGACAAGUUCACUCGGUUUUGCCAGUGGAAGAACGUGGAACUCAACAUCCAUCUGACCAUGAACGACUUCAGCGUGCAUCGGAUCAUCGGCAGGGGCGGCUUCGGGGAGGUGUACGGCUGCAGAAAGGCCGACACGGGGAAGAUGUACGCCAUGAAGUGCUUGGACAAGAAGAGGAUCAAAAUGAAGCAGGGCGAGACUUUGGCGCUCAACGAGAGAAUCAUGCUGUCGCUAGUCAGCACAGGGGACUGCCCGUUCAUCGUGUGUAUGACGUACGCCUUCCACACCCCCGACAAGCUCUGCUUCAUCCUGGACCUCAUGAACGGGGGCGACCUGCACUACCACCUCUCCCAGCACGGUGUGUUUAGUGAGAAAGAGAUGCGGUUCUAUGCUGCUGAAAUCAUCCUGGGCCUGGAGCACAUGCACAACCGCUUCGUCGUCUACAGAGACCUCAAGCCGGCCAACAUCCUUUUGGACGAACACGGCCACGUUCGGAUCUCAGACCUCGGCCUGGCCUGCGACUUCUCCAAGAAGAAGCCCCACGCUAGCGUUGGGACUCAUGGCUACAUGGCUCCAGAGGUCCUUCAGAAGGGAACGGCGUACGACAGCAGUGCAGACUGGUUCUCUUUAGGCUGCAUGCUCUUCAAACUCCUCAGAGGGCACAGCCCCUUCAGACAGCACAAGACCAAAGACAAACAUGAGAUAGACCGCAUGACGCUGACCAUGAAUGUGGAGCUCCCAGACUCGUUCACCCCAGAGCUCAAGGAUCUGCUGGAGGGGUUGCUGCAAAGAGACGUGUCCAAGCGGCUUGGUUGCCAGGGCCGGGGAGCGCUAGAGGUGAAGGAGCAUCAGUUUUUCAAAGGCAUCGACUGGCAGCAGGUGUACCUGCAGAAGUACCCCCCUCCUUUAAUCCCGCCCAGGGGAGAGGUGAACGCCGCGGACGCUUUUGACAUCGGCUCGUUUGAUGAGGAGGACACCAAGGGCAUCAAGCUGCUGGACAGCGACCAGGAGCUCUACAAGAACUUCCCUCUGGUCAUAUCGGAGCGCUGGCAGCAGGAGGUGGCUGAGACGGUGUACGAGGCCGUCAACCUGGACACGGACAAGAUAGAGGCUCGCAAGAGGGCCAAGAACAAGCAGCUGGGCCACGAGGAGGACUAUGCUUUUGGGAAGGACUGCAUAAUGCACGGCUACAUGCUGAAGCUGGGCAACCCGUUCCUCACCCAGUGGCAGCGCCGCUACUUCUACCUGUUCCCCAACCGGGUGGAGUGGAGGGGAGAGGGCGAGUCGCGGGAAAAGUGGCUAAAGCCUUUAAAAAUGGUAAAAGACAGGCAAAACCUGCUGACCAUGGAGCAGAUCGUGUCGGUGGAAGAGACGCAGGUUAAAGACAAGAAGUGCAUCCUGCUGCGCGUCAAGGGAGGGAAGCAGUUUGUCCUGCAGUGUGAGAGCGACCCAGAGUUUGUGCAGUGGAAGAAGGAGCUGAACGAGGCGUUCACAGAGGCCCAGAAGCUGCUGCGCCGCGCGCCCAAGGUGAUCGGGAAAGGCCGAGCCGCUGUGGUGGAGCUCUCCAAACCGCCGCUCACACACCGCAACAGCAACGGCCUGUGAAUAAAAGGAGCACAUACCUUUCUAUAUCUAUACACACACACACACGCACACACACACACUCACGCAAACAUGUAGACGCAUACACUCUGCACACCACGUCAUUUCUGCAAGACAUCAGCCCCAACUUCAUGGCGACGCCUCACAGUGUGUGUGGACCUGCCGGCCCCUUACCCACACACUCACACCCACAUACACACACACACACACACACGCACACACACCAUCAGAGGAGGUUCACCGGUUUCUUUUCCGUUUCAUCUACGGGACUCUGCCAGUCAUGGAGAGGAGAGGCGGGGUGGACUGGAGGAGAGCAGAACCCUCUGCAUGGAUGUGACGAGGAUUUGUUGAACCAGUUCUCCACCUUCCCCGGCUCUCCUUCAUCAACCCGCACCCUCAAGGUCACCCCUCCUCACUUAACCCGGAUCUCUUGGAAGAAUCUGAAUAAUGACUGCGAAACGAAAUGGAGUUUUAAGCGUCAGAUACAGCAGGAGGUCCAAUCAGAGAGAAUUCCUCUUUCCGAGGCGAUGCAGAAGGGGCGGGGCUACUGCGGGGAAUGUAAAAACAAAUCUGCUGCUUGACUGUAUCCUGUUCCCCCCAUUCCUCUUACCACCAACCCCUCCUCUCUGUUACUGAAGUGUGCAAAGUGCCAACAUGGAUAUUUUACUUGAGUCACCUGUGUGGCCGGUGGGAGCCCCCCGUCCCUCCGGACCCUCUCACGGUGUUUGUUGGCGGCCGAUUUAUCAUUCCAGUCCUGAAAAACAAGAGGACCAACAGACUCUUUUCAGAUUGGCUCCUGUUUCCAGCCAGUUUCCAUGGCGACCGAGAUUCCAUUGGCUGUCAAACAGCAACGGGUUGCCAUGGGAACUGUGAAGACCAAUGUACCUGAGGAUGGGUAACCGUGGACGAUGACGUGUGUUAGGCUUGCAGGGGGGGCGGGGCAUGUUCAGUGUAUAUAAACAACCCUUUCUCUGUGCAGCCCAUGUUUUGGUCCAGUGUGUUUGCAUUGUCGGAGGACCUCUCUGUCUGCCUGUCCAAAAACCUCGCAAGACUUUACCCCAACACAGGAGGACGGGGAUGUUCUCUCUCUUUCUGCAGAGUGUGUGAGGGCGUAAGGUGUGUGUAGAAGAGCAGGUGUUGGUGCUGCGUUACCUCUGCUGGGCUGUUUCCAGAUGAAGCCACACACAUUCUUGUGGCUUUGCAGGUUCAGCAUGUGAUCGUUGUCAGAGUGAGCACAAGUUAGACGAGGACGAGCUGAAGCUGAGAGAACGUUUUACAAACAACCUUUGGUUUUCUUUUAUUUUUCUGGCUUUUGCUCUUUGACCGCCGAAGGCGCCUGGAGGACCAAUCCCAACCUGCCAAUAACAACAUAUCCAGCUCUCAAAUAUUAGGUUCAAGAAUUUUUAGCAAUAUUUUUGGUAAAGCUACAAAUUCCCUUUUUUGUUUUGUUUUCCACAGUGGUAUAAAAGUUUCAGUUUUAAGGAAUUUGUAAUUGGUUUAGUAAAUAUCAGUCCAGGUUUGGCAAAACCGCUAUGGUUUAAUAAGAACCGCUAUAGAAGUGAAAAUGCUCCCUUUCCUGGUUAUCACAAACAAAAUAAAGGUUUCAGAAAUCGCA